GUAUCUCCUGCUGUCAACUUCACGCUACUGCGAUUGUCUUUUAUUCCAAAGAAUUGUGUUUCAUUGCACAUGUUCAUCGAUUUCUGUUGAAAUUAGAGAAAGUAUUGUGAAUUGCACUGCAAAAUGGGUGGUAUAUCUAGCAGAUUCCGUGUACACAACUCUGGACUCACAAACAUCGACCCAAAACCUGAAGAGAGUGACAACAAACGUGAAAAUCCCGGAACGUUAGAUGAGAUUCAUAAAAAGACCAAAGAUGUAAUGCCAGUUAAUUUUGAAGGUGGCAAGCUGAUGGUGAACAGGGGUCUGUCUAACCAUUUUCAGAUGUCUCACACUCUGACAAUGAGUUCAGCACAGAACGGCUACAAACUAGGAGCUACAUACAUUGGUACUAAGCAAAUCUCCCCAACUGAAGCUUUCCCCGUCAUACUCGGUGACGUGGACCCGUCAGGCAACGUCAACUUCAGCUUAAUUCACCAACUCACUCCUGAAAUCAGGCUGAAGGGUGCUGCACAGGUCCAAGAAUGCAAGCUGACAGCCACCCAGGGCACACUGGAGUACAAGGGGUCUGACUACACGCUCGCGAUGGCUGUAGGCAAGCCUGACUUCAACGAGAAGUCUGCAGUCUUCGUGGGACACUACUUACAGUCGGUGACAAAACGGUUGGCGCUGGGCACGGAGCUGGUGUACCAGUCGGGAGCCAGGGUCAUGGGCGGGGAGAUCGCCAUCACGUCAGCUGCUGCUAGAUAUACUAUGGAUGACUCUGAAGUGUCAGCGACCCUGAGCACAGCUAACUUCCACUUGUGCUAUUUCAAGCAGUGCAGUGAACAACUACAGAUUGUGGCUGAAAUGGACACCUCGUUCCGAGGGAUGGAGUCGGUGGGCACCGUAGGCUACCAGGUCAACAUACCCAAGGCAGAUCUUAUCUUUAGAGGAAUGGUAGACUCAAAUUGGAACAUUGGAGCGGUACUCGAGAAGAAACUACAGCCUCUACCGUUCACAUUCGCUCUGUCCGGCAUGGCGAACCAGGCCAAACAACAAUUCAAAUUUGGCUGCGGCCUCAUCAUCGGUUAAUCACCCAAUCACCACAUGAUGGUGAUGACUGAAUGAUGUGUCAAGCUAGUGAACAGUGUGCACCAUAUUUAUAUGUGAUUAGUGAAUUUGAAGCAUUUUUCAAGUGAUUUUUGCCAGUGAAAAACUUAGACCAGUGUGGUAUACCAGAGGAAUGCAGAAAGAAAAGAGAAGCAUAGUAUAUAGUGGCGAAAAUAAAAUAAUUUUGAAAAUUUAUUUCUGCCACUAUGUCUGUAUGUUUUAAAUAUAAACUUUGUGUCUUAUUAACAUGUUGAUGUUUUUAAAAUUCGCUUGAACAGCUAAUAUUUAAUUAUAUGUGUGAUAAGUACUGAAAUAUCAAUGUUCUAGUUCUAGCAUAGGUGCAAUAUUCUCACAUGUAACCAUAUUUAAGAAUUGUCACUACAUUUAAAUUUUAAAUCCAUACAUUAAUAUGGGGAAAUCUCGAAUAAACCCAUGACAACUGCGUGUGUGUAUUCUACUCCCACUUAACUUGAAAAUAUCACCAUAGGAAGACGUCUGAAGAUUCGUCAAAAAACAUGAUACGUCAUGACAGAUCAUGAAUACGGAUCGUGAAAAAAACAAAAUGAAAGUGAUAUAUAUCUGUCAUAAUCGUAAAACAUUUACGAUUCACGAUUUUUAAAAGACGUAUCGUCAAAAAAACAACGGAUCAUGAAAUAAAAUAUCCCUAAACACGUUUCGAAUUCGUGUGAACAAGCUCUGAGUGAAUUUUAAAUUAUAACUUGAAACAUAGACAUUCUGUAUGGAAUUAAAGUGCACUAAGAUACAUUAAAUGCUAAAUAUCAAGUAUAUGUCAAUAUUUACGUGAUGUAGCUUCUGUAAAGUAAAACUUAGAAUAUCAUUAAUGUAGCACUGAUCACUAGCUCGACGUAGUCAGUGUAAUUCUAAUUUUAGUCUAAAUAAUGACUUUGUUGGUGUUAGGGGUAUAUUUUGGACUUCCAUUUUUCAAAACGAACAUGUUCAAAAUUUGGGGACGAUUUUUGAACAUUUUUUACAUGCAUAUUUUAAUUUAUUCUCACUCUUUUACCAUAGUAUUCAGGACUUUUUUGCUCAUUUGUAUAAUACCCCUGCAUAUUCACAAGCUUUAAGUAAUUUUUAGCCUAAGUGCAUUCUACGCCUAAUUAAAACUGGGAAGUCCAAAAUAUAGGACAAACGAAUAUUAUAGAUGAUUCCUAAAUAAAUAAUUGAACUGCACCACGAGAUAUGUGUGAAUGUAAUGAAAUGAGCCCGGUCACCGUGUAUAUGUAUUGAUUCUUUUUUCUUUGUACGGUUUACGUAUAAUUAUUUUUAUUUGUUAUUGUAACGCUAUACUGUUUGCUGAACACCAGAAUCGCAUUUAUGACGUAUCAACUCACUCUAAGGUGUUAGAGAAAGUAAAAAUUGUGUAACUUUGCGAUUUGCUUUUAAAUGGCUCACCUUCAAUAUAAUGUACCUGUUUUAAUGUUUCUGUACAUUGCAUUUACGGCUUUGUUACUUUAUUUUGAAAAGAUACUUUUAAUGUCGGCAUUUAUUGAAUUAAAGUCUGGAUAUCUUAGAGUGAGUAGCUUAUACUGGGACCCCAGUCCCGUAGUAUCGUCCCCGAUAUAUUGAUCAUGUCCCCUCUAACCGUGGGGUACCUAGCACAAGCUUUAUGUCAAAUAUUCGCUGCCAUCGCUACGGCGUUCAACGAGCGCACAUUUGCGACAAACAAUUCUUAUAUUUAUUAUAAAAUAGUCCCUAUAUUUUUCAAACUUUUCUAAGCUAAUACUGACCAAAUAUUCUUGUUUAUGAUGAUCUGAGUGAUCUAAAACGUCUCGAUAUUUUGCCGCAGAUGUGCGCUCGGCCUUAUGUAUGAGUGUAGAUAGGUUAUGGCAUACUGUACAAUGUACAUAGCGCCUGUUGUUAAAAUGUUUAUUUUUAAUAUAGUUACUUAUGUUAAUAAAUCAA